AUGAAGGCCGAUUCCCUCAAAGACAACACGCUCCAGCACACCACGACAACCGACAAUGGAGAAGUCGAAACCACAGCCCCCGAAAACCCGGGUCUUCAGCGAGGCCUAGCCAGUCGGCAUCUCAUGAUGUUGGCAAUUGGCGGAGUCAUUGGCCCAGGCUACUUUGUCGGCAUGGGCACCGGCCUGUCAACUGCCGGACCCGCCGGCUUGUUGAUCUGCUUUUCUAUUGUUGGCGUGCUGCUCUGGGCUGUCAUGCAGUCUCUCGGCGAACUGGGCGCCUUUAUUCCCAUGUCCGGCUCCUUUACGCACUACACGUCCAUGUUUGUGGACCCUGCCGUGGGGUUUGCGCUGGGCUGGAAUUACUGGUUUCUGUGGGCUGGUAUCAUCAUCGCUGAAUACAACAAUCUUGGCCUCGUUUUGACGUACUGGGACACAGGAAUUCCUCGGUGGGGAUGGCUUCUCAUUUUCUGGGGCCUCUUCCUCGCCUUCACCUUCCUCGGAGUCAAGUCCUUCGGCGAGGCAGAAUUCUGGCUGGCGCUGGUCAAGGUCCUCGCCAUCCUGGCCUUCUUCCUGUGUGCAAUCCUCAUCAGCUCGGGCGUCAUCGGCGGCGAGAAGAUUGGCUUUAAGUUCUAUCACGACCCGGGCCCGUUUGCCGACGGCGUCAAGGGCGUCUUUAAGAUCUUUGUCUUUGCAGCGCUCCAGUAUAGCGGCACUGAGAUGAUUGGAUUGACGGCUGGAGAGUCGGCGAACCCUAGUAAAGAUGUGCCCAAGGCCGUCAAGAGUGUUCUCUGGCGCAUUGUGGGUAUUUUCCUCAUGGGCAUCUUCUUCUUGACCAUCACUGUCCCGUAUGACGACCCUAAUCUCCUCUCUGCUACGAGCAAGACGGCGAGAUCCCCGUUCGUCAUCGCCUUUACCCGCGUUGGCGCCUCGGCCGGAGCCCAUGUCAUCAACGCCAUCAUUCUCAUCACCAUGUUCUCAGCCAUCAACGGUUCCCUCUACGUGGGUUCACGCACUUUGUACGGCCUGGCAGACGAAGGUCUGGCACCAAAGAUCUUUCGCUGGACGAAUAAACGCGGUGUCCCGGUGUACUCGCUCGUGUUUAUGAACCUGAUUGGAUUCCUGUCUCUGCUUAACUUGUCCAGCGGAGCAGGUGUUAUUUACACCUGGAUUGUUUCGAUGACUGGUGUCGCCACCUUCAUCACCUGUGAGUCAAACCAUUUUCCAACCCAUUGA